AUGGAAACGAGCGGCGCGGGCGCGGGGAGCCGCGGGCAGGAGGCGCGGAAGGGGAAGAAGAAGAAGAAGGCGCAGCAGCAGGGGGAAGGGGGGAACGGAAGCCUUCCGCCGCACCUGGAGGAGCUCCGCUCGCGCGUGAUCUGCGACAUGGAUGCGCCGAAGCAGACGCACUCACUGCAGUAUUCAGGCGCGUUCGCCGCACUGGGAGUGGACAACAGCAUGACUCUGGAGCGCUUCAGACGGGAAUUGAAGGUCGAGAUCGUGUCGCAGUCAGCGGACGGCCACGAUCUCGUGUUUGACCUCAUCGGCAUUGACGCUGCUCUCGCCAACGCCUUCCGCCGAAUACUCAUUGCCGAGGUACCCACAAUGGCGAUAGAGAAGGUGUUCAUGGCCAACAACACCUCGCUAGUGCAGGACGAGGUGCUCUCCCAUCGCCUUGGCCUCGUGCCGUUAGCCGUCGACCCGCGCCUCUUCGACUUCCCCUCAGAGGACGGCAUGGCGAGUGAGAGCAACACCAUCGUCUUCAAGCUCGACUACAAGUGCACGCGCAACCCGCCCACUGAUGGCUCCAGACACGGCACGGUGCAGUCGAAGCACCUGGUGUGGCAACCCAACGGCAGCACGUACCCCCCUGAUCGCAGCACCAAGUUCACGUCCUUUGGUCGCCCGCAGAUUGAAUUGCAUGACUUCGCCACUCGCCCGCCCGCCCCCACCUACCCUGAUAUCACGCUUGCUAGGCUGCGACCGGGACAGGCCAUAGAGUUGGAGGCGCAUGCAGUGAAGGGCAUCGGCCGCACGCACGCCAAGUGGUCACCUGUUGCUACUGCCUCCUAUCGCAUGCUACCAGAGUCUCCUGCUUGCAUUCUCUCACUGUCCCCUCCCCCUCCCCCUCCCCCUCCCCCUCCCCCUCCCCCUCCCCCUCCCCCUCCCCCUCCCCCUCCCCCUCCCCCUCCCCCUUCCCCCUGGCAGGUGGUGUUCCGCAAGGCAGUGGAGGGCGAGAUGGCGGAGCAGCUGGUGGCAAAGUGCCCCAUGAACGUGUUUGACAUUGAGGACUUGGGGAAUGGCAUUCAGAAGGCCACAGCCCCACGUGCGCGCAACUGCACGGUGUGUCGGGAGUGCAUUAGGGAGGAGGGAUGGGGCGACUACAUUCAGCUCAGAAGGAAACGGGACCACUUCAUCUUCUCAGUGGAGAGCACGGGAGCACUGCCCCCCAACGUGCUAUUCACAGAGGCAGUGAAACUACUGGAGAGCAAGGCAAGGCGCCUUGCCACUGAGACCGACCGCCUCUGA